GACGAGAAGCCCAGCGCAGUUGCCAUCUCGACGCCCAUGGACUGGUGUCGCGGCCAAGCCGCCGACGUCGUGUGGUCCACGGUCGACCCGACGUUCCAAGCCAGCGUGCUGCGCCUCGAAGUGUGCAACCAGGCGUGGGACGUACCGACCACGAUUGCCGAGCAUGCGCCCGCGGACGCGGGCCGCUUUGAGUGGAAGCGCGUGCAUUGGGGCAUGCCGAUCCAAGGCGGGUACUUUAUCAAAGCGUACGCCGUCUCGGAGCUCGGCAUGCUCGAGCUCGUGGGCGAGAGCCCGCUCUUUUCGAUUGUCCAGUGACCGGGCUUGUUAUUUAAGCGACGACGCGAGCCAGCCGCGUGGCCCGCACCAGCGUCGCGCCGACGCGUAGUAUGCUAGCGAUCGCUCG